GUCGCCGUAAGUAGAAAGCUACUAACCGUAACAAACAAAAUGAGAGUGUCGCAAGGCAAGAGAAGCUGUAGGAAACGAAACAGGGUAAUUAUAAAUAGUAGCAGUAAUAAUUGGUAAUGCCUCGGUGGCCCGAACGUUUAUUACUCUGUGAAGCUUGCCGUUCUCGCUGUUUGCAUAGACACCAGGAAUCUGUUGCCUUGAGAACCCCAAAUGUUCUAGGCAGGCGGGUCAUGUGCUCUUUUUUCUCCGUUUUUACUUAUUGCCAACGCCAAUGGAGGAGCCAAUGUCAAAAGAAUCACACACCUUCAAUCACAACGAACAUCCAUUGCAGUUGAAUGGGCUCGCUUGGCCAGCAUUUAUGGCACCCUAUAUUAAGCAAGUAGAACCUUAUUGGAAUUCAGCAUAUAAAGCCGCUCUGACGUACUGGCACACGACGCAGCAAGUGGCAAAAGUUCUGUGGCAAUAUGGGGGUUUUUUUAGUCCCGAUGUACGACUCGUGCUCUAUGUGCUGGCUGUACUUUCUGCGCUUCCAUUGACACUAUUCAUCCUAUAUGCUGCAGCAACGCUGUUCAUAGCAACGUGUGCGGCUAGUAUACUUGGUAUAUUCAUUACAGCAGUAGGACUAACACUUGGUGGGCUUGUACUUGCUCCUUGCAUCCUUGGAGCUGCAUUUCUAUCCGCUGGCGCCGUCGCGGCGUAUAAAGUAUACACCUGCUUUUGGCGUCCACAGGCCAGCAACAUUCAACAUCAGCAGGACUAGUCUCAAUCUUUUGUUUUAUUAUUGUCUCUUCAUCAAGUACGGAAGAAAAAAAACUUUUUGCUCCUAACUGCCAUUAGUGCAUACAUACAUAUAAUAUAUACGAUCAAUGAUCCAUGCGACAUAUUUCGAAACGUGGCAUUGCAGGCA